CAGGAACAUGCGACAGUUGUUCGCCGACACCAGCACGAUUGCGCCGCACAGCCACCCUUCUUACGGCCAGCCCUGAGAAGAUCGGAGGGCUACUCAUUAACAACCCUACACCCACCGACUCCCAGGGCGUGCUGGGAUAACAUUCGCCUCUCCCUUGAAAUGGACCGACUAGCAUCUCGCUUAGGACUCUCUCGCUCUCCUAAAAGUCAAUCUUUCAAGGAAUGGAGUGAUUCGGCAACAGUAGACGACGUACAUGGUCUAUUAACCAAUCUCAUCAAGUCUGGCACCGACGAUGGACAGUCAGCUGCGUUUAGGCCGGAAAGACUCGAAGCCCUGGAGGGCGUACUGGAAAAGACACUCACUAAUGCUACAGGUGAAGUCGCCAUUGAAGGUGUGCAAGCCCUACUCAUCAAAAGUCAUACAUCUCUCGCCAAUGAGCUGGAGGCCGCAUCCCCAACAAUAUCUCUGCUGUUGCAUUCGCACGCAUGCUUCCCGUUCGCAAAAGAAGUGCCACUGACCAAAGAUGCCCUUGUCCGCUCCGUCGGCUUGAUCACAAAGGGCAGUGAUUACAUGUUCUCACAAGAAGCAUCAUUUAGUCAAGAGCCCACCAUAAGAGCGCGCUCAAAAACUGCGAGAAUGGAGUUCGUCUUUUCAGCUCUCGCGCAUCCCGUUCCAUGCACCGGAGUUCCGACGAAAGAAGACGUGCUUGAUGUGCUAUGCCGCAUUCGCUACCCGCACCCAAAGUCCUUUACGGUCCAGCAACGCAGGACCAUCACAGAACUGGAGCCGUUAGCCGAGCGUCUUCUACCACCAUCAUCUGCUCUACCUUCAAGAGAUUCUCUCCGCAUUUCGAUCAGCGCGUUGAGACCUCUAGCCAAUAUUUGUAAUUCAAUGAGAGAUGACAAGGGUGUGGAAGCGGAGAAGGUCUUGGCGGGUAAAGAAAGUCUUGAUCGGAUUGAAUUUAAGGAGUGGGCUAAGGCCGCGAGCUUACCUGGUGUAUUGGAUAGGCUGAUUGGUGUACUGUCUACGCCGUCAUAGGAGUAGUCGCCUAGUAUUUCUACGGCACAAGCAUGGCAUUGAACACGCCGUCUAUGAAAUGUGUAAGGCAGAAUCAAGAUCUAUCUCACCUCGUGCCUCCUCCACCACUUUCCCUACCCGCUCACCUCCAUCUUUCCCUUGAACCAUUCAACCAGAUGACCUACCGUCGGCUCCUUCCACAAUAAGGUAGGAGGCACUUUGAUGCCCAAGACACUCAA